AUGCGUUUUAAAAGUUCAAAACGAAACAGAAACAAGAGUUUUAGUGGGAGUUUUCAUGGAGAUUAUGAGGUGUACAGCAGUGCACGUGUUGAUGUAGAUUCCAGUUAUGACAGACUCAGGGAAAACUCCCAGCGACUCAGAAGAUUAAGAAAUGAUUAUUUUUCCCGUGCUUCUCAAGCCUAUUCACGUGGUCAGCGUAGCUUGGCUCAUAUAUUAUCACAAAAAGGACGAAUGAUGAACACGGCAAUCAAACACUCCGAAAUGCAAUCAUCAGCUAAGAUCCUUGAUAUGGUGAACUCCGAAUACUGGAACCAUGUGCCGUCGUGUUAUAGGACGUUGAAUGUUCAUGGAUUACACGUUAAAGAAGCCAUUGAAGCUGUYGAGAGGUUUUUGUAUUAUAACAGAGACCAGAAAGGGAGAUUGAGGAUUAUUACUGGAUGGGGUAAGAACAGCUAUCCUAAUGAAGUCCGAUUGCUGCCCGAAUUAAAAACUUAUCUUGAAGAAAAUGGAAAACUUUUUGUGGAAUUUCGACCAGGUGUCAUAGAAGUUAUCAGUUAG